AUGGCGGGUAUUGGAGUAGUGAUAAGGAAUCCUAAUGGCAUUGUCAUUGGUGCACUCUCUGAUAGGAUUUUCCUCCCUGCCACAGUGGACGUAGUUGAGGCUCUUGCCUGUAGAAAAGCAAUCUCCUUAGCUUUGAAUCUUGGUAUUGAGGAUGUAAUUCUUGAAGGUGAUUCUAUGACUAUUAUCCAAGCUCUCAACUCAGAUUCUUCCUGUGCCAGUUCCUACGGCCAUAUCAUUGAUGAUAUCAGAGCUUGUGCUCUUCUUUUCUCUUCUAUUAGUUUCUCCCAUGUUAAAAGACAGGGAAACAAGGUUGCUGAUAGUUUGGCAAAACUAGCAAAGUUGUCCCGUUGUCCUUGUUUUUGGUCUGAUGGUCUCCCUAGGGACGUCCAUUCUCUUGUAUCUGCUGACAGAGUUUUCUGUUGA